GUGAAGUUGGGAGUGUGUCAGGAGAUCCCUUUCAAAGAACGAAUUGGCGCCGAAGGAAGAAUCGAGCCGCAGUGCGUGUGAGUGACGUCAAAGGCAAGGGGGUUGAUCCCGCGUCUCGAAGAGAUCUCCACGGACUUUUUUCCAAAGGUUGAAGCACUGGAUAGAAAUUUUGGACCCCAUGCUCAUAUUUGUACGUGAGGCGGACAUUAAUACAUCCAGAGAUCUUUUACUGAAUAGUGGAGAAAAUGCAACAUCAUUACAAGAUAAAAAGAUAAAAGAUGCCUGGAAAAUAAGUCUGGCCUGUGUGAAUCCCAGCACCGGUGAUACAAUUCCAUUUUUCUUUAGAGGAGGAGCUUUCGUGUGUGUUGCUGCUUCAUUGGUUGCAGUUGCUUCGUUACCAUACAAAAAGUUUUCGUCAUCGUUUUCCCGGCAGUUUGUUUUCCAUGCGUAUGUUGGUGGAUUCAAUUUGGUAAACAGUUCUGUGAAAAGGCAAUUUGAGAAUGGCGAGGGAAAGAAGCUUUCAUGGAAGCAGACAAUUCUUCCUAUUGGGAGCAUCCCAGGUUUGGCCUUAAUGGGGUCUCUCCCUAACUACGUUAUAGAGCGUAUGAAAUCACUGAAUACUCCAGCACAUUUCUUCAGCAAGGUCAUGGCAAGUUCUCUUAUGGCUAUUCUCUGUGCAUUCAAUGUGUUCACCGUGAGAAACAUUGAAUGUGAGAAUGGGAUUGAGGUCAUGGGUAGCACAGGUAAAGUCAUUGGAAUGUCUCAUGUGGCAGGAGAAAAAGCUUUAAUAGAAACAGCAUUAUCCAGAGCUGUACUGUUUGGCAUGCCAAUGAUUAUUUCUGAAGCUGCUGUCUAUCUCACAAAUCGAAGAAGAGUUUUCCCACAAAGGUCAAUAGUACUGAGAGCGAUGCUGGUGUAUUGUUUCUUUUGGUUAAUACUACCUGUUUCACUGAGUUGGACUCCACAACUAAGAGAGAUAAAGCGAAAUGAACUUGAGCCUGAUCUGGUCUCUUCCACUGAAGAAACAAAGUUUUUUUAUUAUAGGGGAGUUUAAUAAUGGGAGAUCUUGAUGAUUUUCUAAGAAUACCAUUAUUAUGAUGAAGCUUGCUUUUAUGAAUCAAAGAAGAUCCCUGGUAGUGAGGUGAAAGUUGGUCUGAAUAGUCAUCAGUAUUUUGAGUCAAUUGUAUAUGAAAAUUGAAGCUAAUUGGGGGGAGAAUAAGCAUGCUCUUAUUGAUGCUUCUCUGUACAGAAAGGAUUGGAUCAAGAUCUACCUAUGUCCAACAAUAAAAAGGCCAUUAUGCAAGAAAUAGACUUCUUACCUAUAAAUGCAAAAAUCCUUGCAUUGUGAUCUGCCUGUUACAGCUUUUUUUUUUCAAAUGGAGGAAGUGAGAGCCCAUGUGCCAUAGUGAGAUGUUGGCUUAGGGCUGGAGACACUCAAGUUCAAGCCCAUUCUCAGCCAUGGAAGAUCACUCUGUAACUUUGACCUACUCUCUCUCAGCCCAACAUGUUCCUUUUGGAGAAGGAAGUGCUGUGUAUAGUGUUUAAGGCUUCUGGAGAAAAAACAGGGAAUAAAUCUAAUAAGUUACAUAGAACAAA